AUGGUUCCUCCCCCUCCAAUUAACAAGCCCCAUGUCUGCCUAUCCACUACACUCAUCAUGAGCAGCAUGGUGCUGAUGGAUGCUUAUCUGGUGGAACAGAACCAGGGUUCCAGGAAAUUGGCUAUUUGCAUCAUGGUCUCAGUUGGAGACAUAUGCUUCCUGGUGGUGCUCAGGUAUGUUGCUGUUUGGGUUGGGGCUGAAGUGAGGACUGCUAAGCGAGGCUAUGCCAUGAUCCUUUGGUUCCUGUAUGUCUUUGUGCUGGAAAUCAAAGUCUACUUCAUUUAUCAGAACUAUAAGGCUGACAGGAAAAGUUUGGACCUCAUGGCCCGCAAAGCAUUGACCCUUCUGCUGUCAAUCUGCAUCCCAGCCCUCUAUGUGCUUUUGGUGGCUACAGAGCAUAUGGAGUAUGUCAGGACGUUCAAGAAAAAGGAGGAUCUUCGCAAUCGUCUUUUCUGGGUCAUUGUCGACAUGCUGGAUGUGCUGGAUAUCCAGGCCAAUCUCUGGGAGCCUCAAAAGAAAGGGCUACCCAUCUGGGCUGAAGGUCUGAUGUUCUUCUACUGCUAUAUCCUGCUCUUGAUUCUGCCUUGUGUGUCACUGUGUGAAAUUAGUAUGCAAGGAAUUAGCAUUGUGCCACACCGCAUGAUGCUCUACCCAAUGCUGAGCAUGCUUACAAUCAAUAUCACCACCAUUUUCAUCAGAGGAAGCAACAUGUUAUUCUUCCGGGACAUUCGUGUCUCUAGUAUCUUCAUGGGGAAGAACGUGCUGGCCAUUGUUCUUAAGGUCUGCAUGUUUGUGCAGUACAAGAAACAUUUGUAUCACACAGCAGCAGGACCUGGCACAGUAGACUCACAACAUAAUCUUUCUUCCCAACCGCAGCCUGUCAUGCAUCUACUGAAACCCCAGAACCAGACUCCCUGCCCUGAGGAAUUGGCCCAGGAAAAUACAUGACAAGUUGUGCAUCCACAUGCCAUGUGGCAAGGAACACCUUAUGUCUGUGAUCAUUAAGAUCAAAAGCAAAGAGGAACCAAAUGUAUCAGGCCCCACCAAGCCAGUACUGGUCCAUCUUGAAAGUUUAUCAGUGAGUGCUCCCCCUCCUUCCUUUUUUACACAGAUAUACUGCUAACAGUGACCUCGGUUGAAAUAAGGUCAUUUCAGGAAUGAUCCAGAACAGAACCCAGCCCUACUGCCAAGGAGCAAGCUAGCAAGCCAUAGAAACUGAUGGGCAGAUCUCUGGGGAAGGAGAAUGAGCCACUGAAUCAAUAAUCUGCCAGUGGACAGGAGUCAGCAGCAAGUGAUUAAUUCCCUCCUGUGCCUUUCCUGUAGUCAGUCAUUCUGUAAUGAAAGCUGUUUGGGCGUAUGGCCAACUCUGUUGCAUAGAAUAGAUCUGUGAAUAUCAGGAAAGCAUCUUUUUUGCACCUACUGGGCAUAAAAAUUCAAAAUGUGACCUUCCUUUCUGGGAUGGUUGAAAGAUGCUGCAUCUGUUGCCUGCCUACUUAAUUUUUGGGGGGUGGGCUGCCCAGGUGUGCAGUGGUUCCAGGGACAUGUUCUCUCUCCUGUGGAAACAUGCUGGCUUGUGAUCCUUUUCCCCCAUGCUUCUUUUUCAUGGAUACUUUUCUCUUUCAAUAAAAUGAAGACCAAGCUUGGAGGUUUGUCCCAUUUCCCUGUGCAGGUGCCUUGCCACAUCUUUCAGUGAUCAGGUCAGUGUUUAUGCUUGAUGCUGUCUCAGAGGAUAAAAAGGUCUGGUUACAGGAAACCAAGAGGAGAGAAAGACACAA